GGAUCUGCUUCCUACCCGGAACCUCAUAUAGGGAUCUGCUUCCUACCCGGAACCUCAUAUAGGGAUCUGCUUAUUACCCUGAACCUGCACUAUGCAGGGACUUGGGAGAGACACACAGAACAGGGACUCCCCAAAGAGGGAGAAGGAUCUGAGGGGCUCAGCAAUACUGCACCAGCAGAGACGCCUCAAACAAGCCACGCAGUUUGUGCACAAAGACUCUGUGGAUCUUCUGCCACUGGACCAGCUGCGGAGACUGGGGACCAGUAAAGACCUGCAGCCACACAGUGUGAUCCAGAGACGGCUCAUGGGGGGCAGCCUGAGCAUUGAAAGCGAUAACCCUGUAUUUCCAACUUCCCCGUGCAACAGGGGGAGAGACGCACCCCCCCAGGGUGAUGAGACGAUACAGCCAACUAAGUUGGGUGAGGAGACCCCCGGUUGCUGGAAGGAACAAGCUCUACUCAUACCCUGCAAGUCCUUCCUUCUAGACCUUAAUAUCUAUAUUGUUGUGUUUUGUAAUCUUUAAAGUGCAGAUAAGGUUUGCCUUGAUAUUCUUUAUGGGACUGGAGCAUAUUUCUCCCAAGUUAAGAGGUGGAGACGGAUUUACUAGAUUAAGACAAGGAGAAAACGUUUGGAUUUUUAAAUUGAAUACAUUGCAUCCGGAAGGACUCAAUGUAGAUUUGGACUUGGCGGCAUUUUAAAUUCAAUUUUAAGCUUAUUUUUGGUCAAUUAUUGGAUUCCUGGUAUUUAUUUAUUUCUAAUUUAUCUACAUUUUAAGUAGGAAUAUGCUUGAUAUGGGCUGUUUUAACGAGACAUCUCUUUAUUUCUUUAUGAUUAGCGGAUAAGUAGUAUAUAAAUAAAUAAUAAACAAACAUACAACUCUCCCAAUCUUUGGGGAGAGGGAUGAUGGGUUAUA